AUGGCCACAUCACCCACACCAUCCUUAGACUCAUUACCGGGUGCAUCGAAUUCAAUCGGUUCGUUUGGUGAACCGGCGGAUUAUUUGUCCGAUUCGCCGCUAACCACGCUGAGCGGUGGCUCGGGUACGACGGGAUCCUCUCCACCGGCUAGCGAUUCCGCAAUCUGUGACGAUUUCGCGACCUCGUCCAGUCUUGAGUCCGCCCAGUCGAACAACGGCUCGUCCGAGUCGCUGUUUCCACGCUGCACCGGCUGCAAAAGCAAGCAAUCGGAUGCGGUGGCCAAAUGCAUGGACUGCGAUAACUUCCUGUGCGCCAACUGCGUCACUGCACAUCAGUUUAUGCACUGCUUCGACGGUCACUCGGUGUAUCGCAUUACAGGUGCGGGAAGUGUUGGUGGUGGAGGGAACACGUUCGGGUCGAUUGGAUCCCUUGCGAAUGGAACCAUGGCAACGGCCAACACGGUCACUACGACUGCUCCAGCCACACCGACGCUGGGCGGAUUGCUGGGAGGUUGCUUUGAAUUGCCAAGUCCGCUAACCAGCGGCCUUCUGGGCGGUGGAUCGGUCGGUGCAACGAAAAUGCUACAGGUUGGAAGCUUUGAAUCUACCCAUCCGCGACUCAGCUCGCUCAAUCUGACCAUCAAGGACGAUGCCAGCAGUCUGGUGAAAUCAAUCAUGAAUAACGUGAUCACACCUCCGACAUCGAACGGUACCGGUGCGCCCGGCAGUGGCAGUAACAUCGGCAAUGGAAACGGCAACAGCAGCAGUAACAGCAGCACCAGCAGUAGUAGCAGCAGCAGCACUAGCAGCAGCAGCAACGGUGGCAAUGGCAACAGUCUGCUGAAUCAGGUCAACAGUCAGCUUUCGGGCGUAAUGCAGCAAUCCACCGGUUUGGGAUCAGAUUUGCUGCUCUCGAAUGGGCUCGGUGGUGGAGGUCUUGGCAGUUUGCUAAGCAACGGCAAUGUUGGUACCGGCCUCGGAGGUGGUGGGCUGCUUGGUGGAAGCAACAAACCGAACUAUUUCUGCAAGCGCCAUACGAGCGAACUGCUCAAGUUCUUCUGCCGCACCUGCAGCGUGCCGGUGUGCAAGGAAUGCAUGCUGGACCACCCAAAUGGUUUGCACGAAUGCGAGCACAACAGUGACACUACGCCGAAACAGAUCGAAAGUUUACUGCACACCGUGUCGGAAGUUCGCGCCAAAGCUCAGGAUUUGCGCUCACUGAUCAAGAAUGUGGAACACAUCAACCAGCGCAUCCAGGUACAGUAUCACAAGGCCCAGAACGAGAUUGAAGACACGCAUCAGUUCUAUCGCUCAAUGGUAGAUGAGCGUAAAGCCGAACUGCAGAAGGAACUGGAGAACUUUUACAACGCGAAAACGGUCUCCCAGUCGGAGCUGCUGAAUCGUAGUCAGGAUCACGUCGACAAGAUGUUGCAGAGUUGCGAAUUCGUCGAACGGCUGACAAAAUGUGCCGGCCCAUCGGAAACGAUCAUGCUACGCAAGUUCAUGGAGAACAAGCUGAUGCUCUUCCCGGCCAUCACGCACGAUCUGCAGGCAUCGUACGAGCUAGAAUUUGUAUCUAACUACCAAGCGAUACAGAUUGGGGUCCGCAACACCUACGGUUAUAUUCGCUCGAAUGUGGAUCUGAGCGUUGUCACGACAAAGCAACCACCCAUAGCGCGCCCAACGUCCACCACCAAUGGAGGAUCUCUUCUUGGGGGCACCGGUAAUCGUAGCGUCAGCCCGUCAAACAGUAGCACUGGCAGUCUGAACUUAAUGUCUCAUCAUCACAUCAGGGGUGGUGACAGUAUCAUGAACGGUGGCAAUGGUGGCGGAGGACCCCAUCUGCUCGAUCACCAUUCGCACCAGCGCCAUCAGCAGCAUCAGCAACAUCAGCAACAGCAUCAGCAGCGCUCGUUCGGCAGUUCGUUGGUGAAUGGCGGUGGACAUGGUGUCAAUGGUGGAUUGUCUACAUCUCCACUGAGCGGUGCCAGCAUGGUUAACGGUUUAUCGACGGCCUUCGACACCGCGAACCUGAUCACUAAACGGUUCAAUAGCGCCAACAGUCUUGGUCCAUUCGUUGGUGAGCCUUCGAUCGGUCAGCCUAUUGGUAAUGCGUACGAGAAGUGGAGCAACGGUGGUACGGCGGAUCUGUUCAACAACCUCGCUGACCAAUACACGAUCCCACUGAACCCCAUUGGCGGAGGCGGAGGUGGUGGCGGUGGAGGAGGCGGCGGUGGUAACGGUAACUCCGGUGCUGGUGGCCAAGGAGAUCCUUCCACAGCCAUGAUCGACCUGACUGCGAAGCUGAUGUCAAGUUCAAUGUUCCCACCGAAGAGUCAAAUUAAGCGUCAGAAGAUGAUCUACCACUGUAAGUUCGGUGAAUUCGGUGUAAUGGAGGGCCAGUUCACGGAACCGAGUGGAGUGGCAGUAAAUGCACAGAACGACAUCAUCGUCGCGGACACUAACAAUCAUCGGAUACAGAUCUUCGAUAAGGAGGGACGCUUCAAGUUCCAAUUCGGGGAGUGCGGCAAGCGGGAUGGCCAGUUGCUCUACCCGAAUCGAGUGGCCGUCGUGCGUAAUUCCGGCGACAUUAUCGUAACCGAGCGUUCACCAACGCACCAAAUACAAAUCUACAACCAGUACGGACAGUUUGUGCGCAAGUUCGGUGCCAACAUUCUGCAGCAUCCGCGCGGUGUCACUGUGGACAGUAAGGGUCGCAUCGUGGUCGUCGAGUGCAAGGUGAUGCGUGUCAUCAUUUUCGACCAGUCCGGCAACGUUCUGCAGAAAUUCGGCUGCAGCAAACAUCUCGAGUUCCCGAACGGGGUCGUUGUCAACGACAAGCAGGAGAUCUUCAUCAGCGACAAUCGAGCGCACUGCGUCAAGGUGUUCAACUACGAGGGCCAGUUCCUGCGACAGAUCGGUGGCGAGGGCGUUACCAACUACCCGAUCGGUGUGGGCAUUAAUGCCAGCGGCGAAAUUCUUAUCGCGGACAAUCACAACAACUUCAACCUGACCAUCUUCACCCAAGAUGGGCAGUUGGUAUCGGCCAUGGAGAGUAAGGUGAAGCACGCGCAGUGUUUCGAUGUGGCCCUUAUGGACGACGGUAGCGUGGUGCUAGCGAGCAAGGACUAUCGGCUAUACAUCUACCGGUAUGUUCAGGUACCUCCGAUUGGACUGUAA